GCCCCAACCUCGCGAGGAGACCUACAGUGAGUGGUCCACACUUGUUCAUACCGUCUACUCUGAAAAAAAGUGAACAUUAAGAGAUCCCGUGGGAUGGAAAAAGUGGAGUUGAAGCAUCCGUCCGAAGGGGGCUCUGGCAAUCGUGGCGUCUGGCGCAGGCCCAGCGGAUGCUGUAGGAUGAUCACAGAGCAGUGUCUCCGGUUCUGACCGUGUCCCGGGACUCUAGCAAACCUCGCCGCUUCAAACUAUUCGCCCAUAGCUGAAGAUCACGGAAAAAACACCACUCGGCCGAUAUUUACGACAAAAAAGGGACACAAAAAGAUGGCGUGAAGAUGGGUCCAGACUGGCUUGGCGGCCCUUGGCCAUGACCCUAGAAAACAUAGACCCACCAUGCUCCUCUGCGCCGUCAUUCUCAUACUGUCGUCUCCCUCCAGUGCAAUAAUGUCAUCAGGGGCCAUAGACAGGUUAGCCAACGUAACGCAGACGAUCUCUAGGCUACUUGACGGCUACGAUAUUCGAUUAAGACCCAAUUUUGGAGGUGAACCUCUGAUCGUCGGGAUGGACUUAACCAUAGCUAGUUUUGACUCGAUCAGCGAAGUAAACAUGGACUAUACGAUUACUAUGUAUCUAAACCAGUAUUGGAAAGACGAACGGUUGACGUUUAGCCAGGACGACGAAGUGCUGACAUUAUCUGGAGAUUUUGCCGAAAAGAUCUGGGUUCCGGAUACGUUUUUUGCCAAUGACAAAAACAGUUUCCUGCACGACGUUACGGAGAGGAACAAAUUGGUGAGGUUGAACGGAGACGGUAGCAUUACUUACGGAAUGAGGUUCACGACGACAUUGGCAUGUAUGAUGGACCUACAUUACUACCCUCUAGACUCGCAGAAUUGUACAGUGGAAAUAGAAAGCUAUGGUUACACAGUAAGCGAUGUUGUGAUGUAUUGGAUGAAUACUCCAGUGAGAGGCGUCGAAGAAGCGGAAUUACCUCAGUUCACAAUAAUAGGAUAUGAGACCAACGACAGGAAAGAAGAACUUGCGACGGGAGUAUACCAGAGGUUAUCUUUAUCUUUCAAGCUCCAAAGAAAUAUUGGCUACUUCGUGUUUCAGACUUACCUCCCAUCGAUUCUCAUUGUGAUGCUGUCGUGGGUAUCUUUUUGGAUAAACCACGAAGCAACAAGUGCCAGGGUUGCCUUGGGGAUUACGACGGUGCUUACGAUGACAACGAUCAGCACAGGGGUGAGGAGCUCCCUGCCUAGAAUAUCAUACGUGAAAGCCAUCGACAUCUACCUCGUUAUGUGCUUCGUGUUCGUCUUCGCAGCUCUGCUCGAGUACGCCGCUGUCAACUACACCUACUGGGGAGCGAGGGCCAAGAAAAAAUCGAAAAAGAACAAAGAAGUCGAGGAGGCCAAUAGGAAAUCAAGCAUAUGCGGUACGAAAACGACGACUAACGUCUCGGACGGGUUUGCUGGAAGCAGUGCGACAACCGGCAACGAAAUAAUUGAACUGCAAGACGUUCGACUGUCCCCUAUACCUUCAAUUAGAAACCGGCACAGUUCCGGCAGGGUGUUGGAGGAUCCGAGUAAAUUCCCACCCAGUUUCAGGAUGAGCCGGGGGUCCGGAUACUCGGUCCCUGCCGCAAGAUCCGGCCUUCGGUUGAGGCCGAGAGGCGGUGCGGCGAACAGGCCGAAAGUUUUCCACGCACUCAAAAAAGGCGCAUCUGUCCUCAGAGCGUCCAUGCCCAAAAUCAAAGACGUCAACAUUAUUGACAAAUAUUCGAGGGUGGUGUUUCCGAUAUCCUUCCUUUUGUUCAACGCUGGCUACUGGUUCUUCUACAUAUUAUAAUUUUGGAGGCAUCUUCUCCAAAGCGGACACUCCAGCGGUCAAUAUUUCAAAAUUAAAGUGGACUCGAUGUCAAGUAUUUGUUUAAUUAUCAUUUAGAGUUUUGGCAUAGUUUAAUCAAAAACCUUUAACGAGAGAGCAAAAGAAAACAUUUUCUUUAAAUUUAUUCUUAUAAAUAAUCUUACAUGUUCACUUCGUGUAGACCAUCGUUGGAUAUUAGCUAAAAACUUAAAAGAUCGAAUCUAGUAACUUUCAAUGAAAUGGUUGUGAUAUGAGAGCGUUCAAAAACAAUUGCUCGUCAAUUUAGGAUAUUUUUGGUUGCACUCAGUGCAAAUUUAAAAAAAUGUAUUAAAUCAAUAAUUUUAUAUUCAGUAUUUAUAAAACAACAUGAAUGUUUUUUAGAUUAGAAAUGUUACAUGUAUAAAAGCGAAUUUAUAGUGUUAUGAAGUCUUUGUUUCCGUUAAAAGAUUUAUCAUUGUUAAUAAUAUUUAAUGCAAGUGUAUUAAAAAGGAAUACAGUUUGCCCUACGUAAAACAAUAGGUUGAUGUGAAAAAAGGGCCUAAUUGACAUUAUUAGUUUAUAUUUAUUAUAUGUAUUAAAUUUAUUAGCUAGUUUGUAGAGUAAAUUGUUAUGUAAAACGUGACAUGAUAAAAGAAAAACCAAUAGGAAGUGAAAGGAAACAAAAUUAAAUGCCAUUUAAGUGUAGUGAUUUAGAUUUUAAGUAAAUGGUAAAAAUUUGAAUUUAAAUUACUGUAAACCAGUUUUCUGUUUUUGUUUAUAAAUUAUAUUAUCGAUUAUUUCCAGUUUUUAUUUAUACAGGAACAAAGUAAAUUGUAAUACGAGAGAAAUAAGAAUAGCUCAUUUAAAACAAAGUAAAAAACGCGAGGUUAAUCCAUUAGAUUGGCUGGUGUACAUAUCCACGUUAUAAUUUUUAAGGAGGACAAUUGUAAUUAUUUAUUACUCUUAUAAAACCGUUAUGGUGUAUAGAUAUAAAUAUAAGUGUUAAUAAUCUA